AAUAUUCCUCAGUUGUUACUCCACACUCGUCCGUGUUUAACGAUUAUCGGUCAACCGGCAAGUGGUCACUAUUCACCAAUCUAAAAAAUACUAUUGAAGUAGGACGUUCUGAUCGCUGUGAGUACUUAAUGUGAUAAUGAAUCACACCACAGUUAUAGUGCUACACUUAGCAUGAAUUAGUAUGUUCGGAAGCCUGCCGACUGUUUCUACACUACAGAAUACGUUUACACUCUAGUUCACUAUUCAUUUUUCAUAAAACCGUGCAUAGGGACCGAUUAGUCAUGGCUCUCGUGUUUUACAUUGUCAUUUAAAAUAUUUUUUGUACAUAAUAUAUUUUAUGAAUAAAUAAACAAGUUCCUUUGCCCACCACUACCACUACGAUGAGUUUUAAAACAGAAAUUGAAACAGUUACUACUAAGCCAUUGCCGUCUAGCCACAAAUUUGCUUUAUUACCCAAAAUUAUAAAUGGAGGAAUUGCUGGAAUUAUUGGAGUUACAGUCGUAUUCCCAUUAGAUCUUGUAAAAACACGUUUACAAAAUCAAAAACCUGGUAUAGAUGGAUCCCUUAUGUAUAGAUCAAUGUUCGAUGCGUUUAGAAAAACAUAUGCGGCUGAAGGAUAUUUUGGAAUGUAUAGAGGGUCUGCUGUUAAUAUUUUAUUAAUUACCCCUGAAAAGGCAAUUAAAUUAGCCGCAAAUGAUCAAAUUCGUCAUUGGCUAAGUCGACCUGGAAAGCCCUUAACGUUAGUUCGUGAGAUGCUAGCUGGUGCUGGUGCUGGCCUUUUUCAAAUAAUAGUGACAACACCGAUGGAACUCUUAAAAAUACAAAUGCAAGAUGCAGGACGAGUUGCUGCCCAAGCUAAAUUAGAAGGGAAAACGGUGCCAACAAUUUCAGCAACAUCAAUAGCACGAGAACUAGUAGCAUCAAAAGGAUUAUUGGGCCUUUAUCGAGGUGUAGGAGCAACUACUAUGAGGGACGUUUCAUUUUCUGUUAUAUAUUUUCCUAUGUUUGCCAGAUUGAAUGCUUUGGGACCGCGAAAAAAUGAUGGUUCAGGAGACGCAGUUUUUUGGUGUUCCUUUGUAUCCGGUUGUGUAGCUGGUUCAACUGCUGCUUUAUUUGUUAACCCAAUUGAUGUUAUUAAGACUCGGUUACAAGCUAUUAAAAAAUUUGAAACUGAAGUAGAAUAUAAAGGAGUUGCAGAUUGUUUUAUGAAAACAUUACGUAGUGAAGGUCCUCUGGCAUUCUUCAAAGGUGGAGCAUGUCGUAUGAUAGUGAUAGCGCCACUCUUUGGAAUCGCACAAACUGUUUAUUACUUAGGUGUAGCUGAAAAGAUUUUAGGCUAGAAAUACUAAAGCGACAAUAUUCUUAUUCAAGCAAUAAAAUAUCUAUUUGCAUUUAGUGUACUUGAGCUUUUACACAGUAUUAUUGUCAGUUCAGUUUUCAAACAUAUGUACAUCUUUAGUCUACAAAAACCAAUAUCUUUAAUUUUAGUAUAAUUAAUUAAUUUUUUAGCAUAUAUUGGUGUUCAAUAAGUUUAGAAAGUUCGUAAGUUUAUAUCAUGCAGGGAAACAUUCCAAACUUAAUGAACACCAAAUAUGUACACCUUGCUAAGAUUUGCACGUCAAUUUGUAUUAAAUGAUUUUACUAACAAACUAAUAAAAUGUCAGGGUUGAUUGAUUUGACUAAUUUUAUAUAGUUUAAACAAUGUUACGAGGUUUGAUGUAUAGUAAUUUACAAUAUUAUUGGAGACAUUAAUAUUAAACAUAAUCAAAACAAUCAUUAAUUCUUAAUACUUAAGUAUAGGUUUAUUGUUUUUUUUAACUAACUGUGAUUUUAUGUAAACUACACCCUCCCUCUUUUACUUAAGUUUAAUAGAUUCAAAUUACGUACAGUUGUACUUAAAUUCUUUUAUUUUUAGUAUUUUUUUUAAACAUUCCGUGUCAACACAAAACUUUUAAAUUUAAAGUUAUAUGUUAUAUAAUUUUAUUAUUACCAUAAUUAUUUAUUUAUUGUAACCUACUAAAUUACCACAUUAGAAUUAUAUUAUUAUAUUUUAAAAUAAAAAUUGUAUUUCUGACAACCA